AUGCCGGUGAUAGAACCGCCGAUAGAUCUCGCGUCCAUUCGAGGGGGAGGGCGAGGACCAGCCGCAGUGCCGAAUCUGCCUCGAGGGCGACGGCGACGACCUCAUUGCUCCCUGCAAGUGCAAAGGCUCUGCACAAUUCGUCCACCGUUCGUGUCUGGACCAAUGGCGGGCCACCAAGGAGGAUUCGCCUUCUGCCACUGCUCCACGUGCAAGACGCGCUUCCACCUGCGCGUGUGCCCGCCGCCCGACCCGCGAUUCCGCCACCUCAAGUUCAGAUUCUUCGUCGCGAGGGAUGUUGUGCUCGUAACGCUGCUCGUGCAGCUGCUGAUUAUCUGUUUGGGCUGCAUUGUAAACAUAGCGGAUGUCUGUUUUUUUGACAUGGCAAUUCUGAAAGCAUGGGGUGAAGACGCACCAACGGUAUUCUAUGUUUAUGGCCUGCUGCUCUUUCUUAUCCUCGCUGGUCUGUUCGGUGCCGUCAUGACGUGUGUCGACCGCCGGUUUCGCAGCGACCUCGCAGCUCCAUGCAGGGACCUGGGGGAAUGCUGCCACCGCAGCAACUUUGUGUGUGGCUGUCACUGCCAUUCGGCAGGGCCCUGCUGCUGCUCCUGCACCAGCUGUUGCCACCCUGGCAUGUGCACUGGGCAGGGGGUGUUCGUUUUCCUGGUGACAACUGGCGCGAUCCUAUUGGUCGUGCUGGCUUUGGUGGGGGUGUUUUACUGCUUGCUGGUCUCGAUCCUGGUGGUGCAGCGGAUUUGCCAGCAGCACUAUCACGUCCUCGCUAAGAGGAUCCUCACUAAGGAAUAUAUCGUGGAGGAUUUGGCUGGAAUGUCUCUCCCUCCUGAUUGGUCGCCACCACCGCUGCUGCCGGAACACGAGAGGCAGCUCAGGGAUCUGCGGCUUCUGUUCGGGGAUGAAGAGGAGUCGAAGGUCGAGGAGGAGCAACCGCAGUGCCGAAUCUGCCUUGAGAAUGACGGCCACGACCUUAUUGCCCCUUGUAAAUGCAAAGGCUCUGCACGAUUCGUGCACCGCUCGUGUCUGGACCAAUGGCGGGCCACCAAGGAGGGAUUCGCCUUCUGCCACUGCUCCACGUGCAAGACGCGCUUCCACCUGCGCGUGUGCCCGCCACCCGACCCGCGAUUCCGCCAUCUCAAGUUCAGAUUCUUUGUCGCGAGGGAUAUUGUGUUUGUAACGCUGCUCGUACAGCUGGUAAGUUGCCUCUUUCUCCGGUAUUCUUUGCCUCGACUUUUGUCGCGCCUCAAAAGCCUCUGCUAG